AACGUUCACUACCAUUUUUGUCUUGGGGAUAUGACCAAUCACAGUAAGUGUUGGGGUUGAAAGUAGAAAAAAGAAGAAGCUAAUCUACGAGUCGGAGUAUAUAUAUGUAUAUAGAUUGUAAGCCUAAAUCCAUGCAAACGUCAAGCAUGAAAUAGGUUCGUGGAAAGUUGUAGAAAGAAUUGGGUGUGGAUAUCCUACGGAUGUGAGUAUCUUGGCGAGCCAGACGAAAUUUGCAAGAACUGUUAUAAAAUUGGAAGCUAGUUAAAUUAAACGUUUUACGCUAAAUUCAUUCUUGUUUUGUGCUGCAUCCACUGGAUCUCAUUCUUAGCAUUUAGUUUUAGAAAACGUAAUUAAGAUGCAAAGUUAUCAUAGGAAACAAUAUCUACAAAGAAGCUGUCAUGGGGUUGGCAGUGAUAGAUUUUCAUUUUCUGAACAGUCAGUUGUGAGUGCUAUGGAUCGUUUCGUGAAAUCUAUAAAAAAUAUGGAUUCAACCAUUCUUCUUCCUUCACGUCUUAAAGAUAUGGAUGUUGGGGCUAAUGGUGUAAGCAUGGAAAAGUGUUCAUCACCAAUUGAUCUACUCUUAAAAAUUGAUAUGUCUAAUUUAUAUUCACUGCUGCAUGAUGUGAAAAAUGAGUUGGUAUGGGGACCAGCGUUAGUAAAUAUAACCGACCCCACACCUACUCUUAAUCGUAUAGUGCAAGUUCGAUCGUCGGCUAUCGUAGAAACCCCAUCUCAUCCCCAAGAAAACAUCGCACUCGGCAGCGCAGGUUCUUCAACAUCCGAUUCCGACAGUGUAGGUGAUAGUGACUGUAUGAAUAGUUUAGGUCUAACGUUAGGGUUAGCUAACGAGCAAAAUAAGGGAUUGGAAGGAGCCCAGAUUGUUCGUUUAGCAAAUUCUUUUCGUUAUCACCUGCAAGGAUUACAAACUAUCUUAAACCAAUUUUCCGAUUCGGCCGAUUAUUUAUCAUCACGAUAUCAAGAAGAAGUAGAUGUUUGUUUUCGUUAAGUUUACAUUAUCCCAAUUUAUAGGCCUAUCUGAAUAGUAUUAGUUUUCUUUUAGGCUAUUAGUAAUACUAUUAAUGUUACUUUUAAGUUCUGGUUCUACUGUUGAAAGUGUUGUAUAGAUCUAAUAUUUUACUGGUUUAAAUUAUUUAUGCGAGUGUUAUUAAUUCGUUAAGAUUUUUUUUUUUUUUGUAAAUCCUUAUCUGUUUAUGUUUUAAGCUAUUUAAACACGGAUUUUAAAGGUUAUGUACUAAUUCAGUAAUUGGUAACAAAGGCAGAUGUGAUAAAAUUAAAAGAUAUUUUAAAAUUAAAGUAGUACUAUAAAUAGUAAUACGUUUGAUAUGGAUUCAAUUACAUAGGUAACUUAGGGUUUUAUCUAGAUAUCUCCUGAUGAGGGUGAACUUACUUUUUGUGUUAAGUACUUGACUGUAACAUUAAGUUUUCUUGUGUACCAAAAUGUGUAGUUAUCACUCGAUAAUGCAUUUGAUAUUAAUUCACACCAUAAUUACAAAAGUUGUGCUGUCUCGUAAUUUAACGUGUGCUGUAUAGUUAUAAUUGAAAUAUAUAAGUUAGUCAACCGAGAUUGUAUUUAAACUGAUACAUUUCAACGAGCUAAAAAUGUUUUAUCUUCUAGUCUAAAUACGAAAUUUGUAAAUUAGUUUAUGUAAAUAUUCACUGUUGAAUUUGAGAAUGUAGUUUAAACGGUGUUGGGCUAUUUAAUAUUUGUGUUAUAAUGGAAUGUUAGGAAAUUAAUUUGUCAGAAAAAUUAGCACUACAGGUAAUCUCCACGUUUUUGUGCCGUUAUCAUUUUAAUGUUUUAUUGUUAUUGGAUGAGGAAGAUUGAGGAAUUGAUGUUACGUCUAGAGUUGUUGCUUAUGGAGAGAAAUGGUGAAUGUCGCCAAGUUAUUUUGAAAUUUAGUGCUUUUUGAACUAAUGUUUAUCUAUUAUUUUAAUGUUCACUGUUCUAUUUCGCGAAUGUUUAUUUGUAUAAACUUUAAUGGAUUUUUGUUGUUAAAUUUGUAACAGGCUUAUCAUAUUCACUUUUUUUAUAACAUGAAAAAUAAUACUCAAACAGUGGAGACCAUUUAGCUUCAAAUCACAACACUGCUAUUGUUCUAAAGUGUGGAUGCAAAAGAGUGGCAGACAAAUAGGCUUAGAGGCGAAGACUUUUUUAAAAAAAGGAUAAGUAGAAUAACCCCCCCCCCCCAAAAAAAAAUGUCUAAGGGCUAAACAGACUGUGAAUAAUAUUUUGUUGGGCAGGUUUCCCUUAUGUAGGGGUCGCCGAGUAACUGAAAACACCGUAGAUUUAAUUAAACGUUUUAGUUAAUGUUAGGUGAUGUGGGAGGGGAAGCAGACAAAUUUUAGGAGUAGAAACAUUUUCUCCCUCCCCCCGAAACCCAACUCUGACUUUAAUUACACAUGCCAUAAGACAUUAGUAUUAAGUUGUUUUUUUCCUUUUAACACCACAUUUUUAUGCCACUUUAGGGUUUUUCGAGUGUAUAUAUUGUAUUUCAAUCGCAAUGUCCGCCAUAUCUGUUGAAGAGAACGCAAUAGGCCUAACACUAACGUAUUGUGACAUCAACUUGGAACAGGCGUUCACACCAUAACAUUAACAGUAUAGUCUUUGGUAUAAAAACCCUAAAAUAGACAAUAUAAUUACGUAUUUCUGUCUAUUUGGAGCGUGAUUUUCAUGUGAAUUUCUCUAGCAGGAUUUUCAUGUAUUACUAUUAAGCCUGGAAGGCAGUGAGAGGAUUACUUUGUUGUUGGUGCGUUAUUCAGAAACUUUGAGUUUCUAAAUCUGCGUGUAUUUACUUUAGAAGGAAAAACUUUAACGUAGUAACUUGUAUUUUAUUAGUCUUUGUAAAAGGCAAAUAAUCUUCGCGCAUGUUAAAUUUCUUGUUUUUAUAGUAAACAUUAACUAUUAUACUUGUAUUUAUUGUAAUAAGUUCUUGGUCUAACAAAAUGGUAUAAAUUUUUGUUAUAUACAAAGAAAUAUUCAUGCAAGUCGGUCCUGACAAUGUAAAGCAUGUAAAAAAAGACGCGUAAUCGAUGUCUAUUGUUUAGUAUUACUAUUGGCAGAUUAGAUUGAUAAAUAAAAAUGCCCAGAAGAAACAACUUUUA